AUGGAGUCCAAAAAGUCAAACGCCCCACGGCCCAUUAAAAAGCUUGAUGAAUCUGUUGUGAAUAGAAUUGCCGCCGGUGAGAUUAUUCAACGGCCCUCAAACGCGUUAAAAGAACUAAUCGAGAAUUCUUUGGACGCUGGAGCAACUAAUAUUCAAAUAUUAAUCAAGGAGGGAGGGCUCAAACUUCUUCAAAUUCUUGACAACGGACAUGGAAUUAGGAGAGAGGACAUGGUUAUCGUAUGUGAGCGUUUCACAACGAGUAAACUCAGGAAUUUCGAAGAUUUAUUGCAUAUAGGCACUUAUGGAUUUCGCGGUGAGGCUUUGGCUAGUAUAAGUCAUGUGGCUCACCUUACAAUCACCACGAAAACUGCUGAUUCUAACUGUGCUUAUAGAGCUUGCUAUUCCGAUGGUAAACUUGUUCCACCAAAACCUGGUGCUGCUGCCGAACCAAAAGCAUGUGCAGGUAAUAUUGGUACACAGAUUACGGCGGAAGACCUUUUUUAUAAUGUACCAACUCGUCGGAAAGCAUUGAAAAAUCCAACCGAAGAAUAUGCUAGGAUUCUUGAUGUGGUUAAUCGUUACGCUAUUCAUAAUGCAGGUGUUGGAUUUUCAUGUAAAAAGCAAGGAUCAACUCAGGCAGACGUGAAUACUUUGUCGACAGCAUCUACAUUAGACAACAUUCGGCAAAUAUAUGGGAGCACGACUUCCGAACUAUUAGAGUUUGGGAAAAUUUUCAGAAAGCUCGAAUUCAGAGUUAAUGGAUACAUUUCCAACCCCAAUUAUAACUUGAAAAAAUUGGUUUUUCUUUUGUUCAUUAAUCAUAGAGCAGUAGAAAGUUCAUUGCUCAAAAAAACUAUUGAAAGUGUUUAUGCAACUUAUUUGCCGAAAAAUACGCAUCCGUUCGUAUAUUUGAGCUUAGAAAUUAAUCCAGAAAACGUUGAUGUGAAUGUCCAUCCCACAAAACGCGAGGUUCGAUUUUUAAACGAGGAAGAGAUUAUUACAGCUGUUGGAGAUGCAAUACAGGAGCGUCUUGUAGGUGCCAAUAGUUCUAGAGUUUUUUUAACUCAG